CCGCACAGUAGCCUAAUCACAUAUGAUGCGCCUCAUAUUUGCGAAGCCUGUUACCUCCACCAAGUGGUUAUUUGCUAGCGUUGUCAGGUCCAAGGAUUUCAGUGGAGGCAUCCCCGCCAUCCUAUUGUGUUGAAAAAAACUGAAUUGCUCCUCCUGGGCAGCAACAUAGAGCUCCCUCGGAUUGAACAUGGAGCUCAUGUGACUUUCUGGUUCGGAACCAGACACGUGCGCGCGGCUUGUGUGACUGGAGUGGUGACACAGCGGCUUUUGGGGAUUCAUUUGACUGGGAUACGCGGAGUGCCCGACGUACCGACGCACCUUGAGUAAUAGAGAACCAUGAGCACUGUGGAGGAGGAGCCGGACCACAUGAUACCAUGAAGAGAAGCCUGCAGGUCCUGCGCCGCCAGCUGCUGAAUGUCCUAGUGAUCCUGGCUGUGCCAGUGGGCCUGGGGUCUUCUACCCAGGAGCUGUACCCCAGCCGGACCCCCCAGGACCCUGUCUCCAUGGCAGCGCCCCACAGCAGCCCCCUUAACCCGCUCUCGGCCCUGGCCCCCCCAGACUGGCAGCAGGAGGGCUCCAGCAGCGGGGAUUCUUGGUCCCCACAGGGAGGGGCAAUGCCCACGGGCAUCAUCCAGCCCACCGCAUCCCACAGCUCUUGGGGCUGGCAUCUACACCACAACACCAUCCUGGCACACAUUAUAACACCACCCAGUAGAGACAGCCUCAUUCAAGCUGCAGCUACUGUCAGUCCUAACACUGUGAGCUCUGUGAGAGUUAACCAAGACCCUGGCCUUAGCUCUGCCAGCCCCAGCCCAGUCAAGCAGGCCCACUCCCCCAGCUCUAGUGCUCUCAACCCGGGCCACAGCUCCAGUUCUCUCAGUGCAGACCAGGGCCUCAUGCCCAACUCGUUCAGUGUAAAUAAAGCCCGUAGCCCAGAUACUGUCAGUGUUACCCAGGGCAACAGCCCUCCUAGCCUUACCAGCUCUGGUGGCCCGCAUAGUGAGGUGGCUCCAGACUCUGGGUCUGCCCUGGCUCCUCCAAUGCCCAGCCCACUCACAGAGAGAGGGCAUACUCUUGACCCGGAGCUUGGUGGUCUCCCAUCCCCCACCCACACGCAUGCCCCCCUGGUGGGGAAUGACGAGGAGGCCACAGACCCCAGUCAGCAGGACUUCACCAGUGAGCUGCAGCCUUCCUCCCUCUCCUCCUCCUCCUCUUCCUCAGUGGAUGCUGCUCUAGAUCAGACCCUCAGGGAGCAUGUUGAAGCCACGCCCGAGCUGUCCCAACCCCACGCCAUCACCCUACGGGGAGUGCACCCAUUGGUCAACGAAAGGCCCACCAGGGAGCUCAAAACAGAGGGGCCUGCCUCUCCAAAAGAGAGCCCACCAGACAAGCCCCCCUCCCCCUCCCCAGCCCCCAUCUCUCCAUCUCCCCCCUCCCUGACCCAUGCCAGUCUGGCCCCAAAGUCCAGCCCUGUCUCCACCAAUGGUACCACAACCAAUGACACCGCAGCCCAGGAGACAGGCAGCGGCAGGGCCCCCCCUCCCCCCCCUCAGGGUACAACAACAGACGGUGCCCCCUUGGCCCAAAGCCCACUUGGCAAUGCCACUUUUCAUAACGGCAGUGUGGAGGGCAGCCCUAGCAAGAACCCCUCCUCCCAGUGGAACAGCUCGUCCCCUACGGAGCCGCCCUCCACGGCCAGUGGGAACUUUCUGAACCGCCUGGUCCCCGCCACCACCAGGGACCCCUGGGGUCCAGGCAACGGCUCUGGCCCCGCUAUGGACUCGCCGCUGUCCCGCGCCACCAUCUGCCUGAGCAAGAUGGACAUCAUGUGGAUCGUGUUGGCUAUCAGUGUGCCUGUGACCUCAUGCUCUGUCCUGCUGACUGUGUGCUGUAUGAGGAGGAAGAAGAAGUCUUCAAGCCAGGAGAACAACCUGAGCUACUGGAACAAUGCCAUCACCAUGGACUACUUCAACAGGCACGCGGUGGAGCUGCCUCGGGAGAUCACGUCCCUAGACAACGCUGAGGAGCAGGAGACGUGCCUACCUCCUAAUGGAGACUACAGCGACAGCGGGGUGGUGCUGGUUAACCCUUUCUGCCAGGAGACCCUGUUCAUCAACAGAGAGAAGGCCUGUGACAUCUAGAGCGGACAGAUGCUGGUCUGGUGGCCAUGUCCUGAUACCACCGGUACAAGACUGUCAAAAAUAAAAGUCUGACUUUCAAAAUAAAUGUCCCCCGCCCUUUUCUCCCUGUCGUUGUCAUUUUUAUACAUGUGGUUAACUUCAGAGACACCCACUUUAUACUGUAUAUUAUGAAUACAUAAACGAGACGAAGAGAAGAGCUAAAAACAGACACUAUUUACUAUGAGGGUUUGCCUGCAUAUUUUUCUGAUGUACAUUUUCUACAAAAGCUUAAUUGUGAUAAUGGUUUUUAUGUCUUUAUAAUCUACGGAGUACGUGUGAUUUGCCUUUUGUUACAGUGGCUUGAUGGUGAGAGCAUUGUGGACGUGGCCACUUGAAUUCUGCUUUAGAGAAAAUAUAUUACGUAAGAACGUUAUGUUUCAUUUUCUUAAAAAUCAAACCCAAAAUACUUACUGAAAAGCCUGUUGAACUUGAAUUCUGUACCUACGUACUUGAGGGGAUAUGGAGGUUUAGGGCAAGGUUUGUGAGGCCAGGUUGAAGUAGAGAGUGCCCAAAGGGUAUAGGGUUGUAUCUGAAUAGACCAAAUGGACUUUCCCCCUCGCGUGUCACCAGCCUCUCUGUUGAGGGACCACGUACAUGUCUUAACUCCCUUUGUCAAGCUGUCUGUCUGUCUGUCUGUCAGUGUGUGUGUGUGUGUGUGUGUGUGCGUGCGUGCGUGUGCGUGCCUGUCUGUGUGUAUCUCUGUCUGUUUGUCUGUAUGGAUUUGUGUUAUGGAGUGGGUUCUGGUUUUGGCAGUCAAUGAUGUUUGUUUAACGUUAGCCCUCUCUAACCCUAAAUAUUUUGAGACCAAACAUAUCAUAAUCUCCCUCCAUAAGUACAGUAUUUGUCCAUGAGAGUAAAUUGUGUUUAUUACUGUAAUGUACAGAUACUGAAUGAUAUUUGAUUUAAUUUCUGGAUGUAAAAAAAAAAAUGCCGUAGAAAUCAUGACCAAUGAAAAUACUGAGAUAAUAUUUUAUCCUGAAUAUUUACUGUGAGCACAUACAGUUGCAGAGUUUAAUCAAACAUACAUAUUUUGUUUCAUUAUCAAAUCGAUUUGUGUAUCAUGCUUUACUUUUGCUUUGUCACAUGUUUGUAGUUGCUAAAUGCUGCCUUUUGUUACUGCCUCUGCUUGUCACAUUGUGAAAUGCUUAUCUGUUCAAUCAUACUACCCAGUGUUUGAAAAUUUUGUUGAAUUAGCGUUUUGUUGAAUAUGUUAUCAAUCUACUGGAUGUGCACUGAGUAUACCAAACAUUAGGGACACCUACCUAAUAUUAAGGUGCACCCCUCCCCCCUUUGCCCUCAGAAGACACUCAAUACGUCAGAACAUGGACUCUACAAGGUGUCGAAAGCGUUCCACAGGGAUGCUGGCCAAUGUUGACUCCAAUGCUUCCCACAGUUGUGUCAAGUUGGCUGGAUGUCGUCUGGUUGGUGGACCAUUCUUGAUACACACAGGAAACUGUUGAGUGUGGAAAAACCAGCAGUGUUGCAGUUUUUGAUACAAACUGGUACGCCUGGCCCCUACUACCAAACCCUAUUCAAAGGCACUUACAUUUCAAUUGUCUCAAGGCUUAAAAAUCAUUAUUUAACCUGUUUCCUCCCCUUCAUUUACAUUGAUUGAAGUGGAUUUAACAAGUGACAUCAGUAAGGGAUCAUAGCUUUCACCUGGAUACACCUGGCCAGUCUAUGUUAUGGAAAGAGCGGGAGUUCAUAAUGUUUUGUAUACUCAGUGUUGCUGCAACGGGCACAAGGUGCCAUACCAGAGAAUGGGUAUUUUGCUAAAUGUAGAAUGGAGAGGAGGGGCAGUAUCUUGUGUCCAGCGUCAUGUAUUUUUUUGUAUCGUAACAUACACUGUCAUUUUUACUGCUGAGCAAUAAAAGAGAAAAGCUUUGAA